GAAGUUUCGUCAACUUUUCAUAAAAUAAAAUCAUAAAUCGGAAACUGCUGGGUUGAGGACGAGGACCAGCGUCCCCCAGUCGCGAGUGACAUUCGAGGUAACGGCACCCUAUCCCGUCCGAAAAUACCAUCGUCGAACAGGUGUCUCGAACGAAAUGUGUGCCAGUUCCCAGCGUAAUUAACUGACGAGGGGCGUGAAUAAUACAAAAGUGUAUCGAUCGCCGAGAUAAUCGGUCCCGGGGACGACGGCGUCUCUGCUAAACCAACUCGGUGGGCGCUCGCCCUCCGGUCCAGAACCAGGCAGGACGCUAGAACUGUGUACAGAACUGCCGGCGAUGUUCCACCGGAGAAGUGACACUAGCUAGGGACUCAAGAGCAUCACACUGCGCGACCCUCAGUCGGGUGCGCGCUAUGCGGGCGGCAGCAAGGUGAAGGCAGCCGUGGCGAGCAUGCCGCACCAGUUCGGCGGGGCGGGCGCGGGCGCGGGUGCGCUGGCGGGCGGCGCCUCGCCGCCUGCGCAGCACGCGGCGUUAUUCCCGCGAUAUGGCGGCGCAGCAGGACCUGGCGCCGGCGCCUACCGUCCAGAAGAACGUCGUCUUACUCGUGAAGCUAUGGAGCGCUACCUGCGCGACCGCUCCGACAUGGUCGUAGUCAUUCUACACGCGAAGGUAGCUCAGAAAUCUUAUGGAAACGAGAAAAGGUUCUUCUGCCCGCCACCAUGUAUCUAUCUGUUUGGAGAUGGUUGGCGACUGCGGCGCGAGCGCAUGCUUCGAGAGGGAGAGACUGAGCAGGCAGCACAGCUGUGUGCAUUCAUUGGCAUUGGUAACUCUGACCAGGACAUGCAGCAGCUGGACCUCAACAAUGGCAAGCAGUACUGUGCCGCCAAGACUUUGUACAUAUCUGACUCUGACAAGAGAAAGCACUUUAUGCUGUCGGUUAAGAUGUUCUAUGGUAAUGGGCAUGACAUUGGUAUUUUCAAUAGCAAGAGAAUAAAAGUGAUAUCAAAGCCCUCAAAAAAGAAGCAAUCCUUAAAGAAUGCAGAUUUGUGCAUUGCAAGUGGAACAAAGGUAGCUCUGUUUAAUAGGUUGAGGUCACAAACAGUAUCAACGAGGUAUCUGCAUGUGGAGAAUGGUAACUUCCAUGCAUCCUCCACACAGUGGGGAGCGUUCACAAUACACCUGCUGGAUGACAAUGAGAGUGAGUCUGAAGAAUUUGCUGUAAGAGAUGGAUAUGUUCACUAUGGAUCCACUGUAAAGCUAGUAUGUUCCGUAACAGGCAUGGCACUACCCAGACUAAUAAUAAGAAAGGUGGAUAAGCAAAUGGCCUUAUUAGAAGCGGAUGAUCCAGUAUCUCAAUUGCAUAAAUGUGCAUUUUACAUGAAGGACACGGAACGCAUGUAUUUGUGUCUAUCGCAAGAGAGAAUAAUACAGUUUCAAGCCACACCAUGCCCUAAGGAACCUAAUAAGGAGAUGAUCAAUGACGGAGCUUGCUGGACCAUUAUAUCCACUGAUAAAGCCGAAUACCAAUUUUAUGAGGGCAUGGGACCUGUAAGGUCCCCCGUAACUCCAGUGCCGCUAGUCCACUCGCUAAACCUCAACGGCGGCGGUGACGUAGCAAUGUUGGAGUUAGCUGGCGACAACUUCACGCCUUCCUUGCAAGUGUGGUUCGGUGACGUGGAAGCGGAGACCAUGUACCGCUGUGCUGAGUCCAUGCUGUGCGUCGUACCUGACAUCUCACAGUUCCGAGGACAAUGGCUCUGGGUCCGACAGCCCACACAGUCUUCUUCUCCGCUUCAGGUACCGGUGUCGCUGGUGAGGAACGACGGCAUAAUAUACGCGACGGGGCUGACGUUCACGUACACGCCGGAGCCGGGCCCGCGGCCCGUGUGCGCGCCCGUGGACGACGUGAUGCGGCCGGACGCGGCGCCGGCCUGGCACCACGACCACGGCGCGCACCGCCUGCCCGACAACUCGCUGCAAUAGCCCAUGGACUGCAGGCUGGACGACGACAGCCUGCAGUUAUAAACUCACUCUGUGGCAACUCUAAAACUGUGUUAUGUGACUCCAAAGAACCGAGCCGUCUCGUACAACGGACAAGUGACUUUCGCACGAAAGACAUUUGGUGAGUGAUUCAAAGACAUCCCUAAUGUAUAAUUUCGAUAGUGCCUAAUGUCUAUUCAUCAUAGCAUGAUCUCUGGCGGGGUUUGUGCUGCACGCUGAAUGGACGGGUAAUAUUUUUGAAAAUUGUAUUUUAAGUCGUUCAAAUGAAAUGUAUGCUGUUAGAAACGGCGUAAAUAUUUUAUUCGCGCAAGCAUGUUGCGUCAGUGACUCGACCUGCUUAUUGAGGCGGUGUCUCCAGGAGGGGGAAUGUACAAUAGAAAUUAUGUAGCUCAUUAGAUUGUGCAAUAUUUAACGAUUUUACUUUUGCGACUGAUUCCAUGAUGACAGAAAUGCACGUGGAUAUACGUACACCGUACAGGUCUCUCUUGUGGAGAUGUGGCCCUGAUGCUGGGUAUCAGAACUCUUUGAGAGAUAAGUUUAACAGAUCAUGUUACGGUCUAUAGAAUAUAGAAAGCUUUAUAAUUAAUGAAAGUGCCACUUCGCGAGGCGAUCGCUUUGCUUGAGAGCUUAGACCGCAGGGCGCCGCAGAAUACUAUGUCAACACGAACGACGUGUGCCUAAAUAUAUCGUAAAAGUAUAUGUUUGUAUAUCUACGAGAUUAUUACACCAAAACUAUGAUUAAGGUUAAAAUUCAGCAAUAAAAGCAAGUUGUGACAAGAAAAUAUAAAAUAGAAGAAUUUGUGAUAAAUACUGAGUAGGCUCUACUGUGUUUCGAGACGUGACAAUUUGAUUGGUUGCAGCUAUGGAAAUUAUUUUUUAUGUUAUUUUUAAGGAAAUUUACAAACUGGUGUAGAACUGAUAGACAAGUAGAGCUGUACGUAUGAAUAUGUAAUCUAUUUCGCUGUAUCAAUAAUUCCUGUUGUCACACGGUUAGCGGGUUGAAACUGGGCCAAUAACUCUUGUUUACUGAAUCAAUAACUGCGAUGUUACCUGCGAUGGUUUAUGUUCAUAAUAUUGCUGAUUAAUGGCUGUUUGUCUCAGAAAGAUUUUAUUUAAUUUGUAUAAUAUUUUAAUGGCCCACUGAAUAUACAUUAUGAGCCAUUUUUACUUAUAGAAGACAAAAUCUGCUAACGCUACUCGUUGUACAUGUUUAUUGAAAGAAACGUAUAAGUGUAAAGUCUGUGUAAUUUGAGUAAAAUAAAGUCUGGGCACCAUUUUCCUCUCGUAUAAAUACUCAGGGUAUUUGCCCUUAUUUCAACCAGUUAACUAUACUGUAUACACUACGUACGAUAUGUAUAGAAUAUUUUACUACCUUCUUAAUUCCUAGUCCUAAUAAUGAUUUCACAUUUCUUACCAAUUUUACUCGCCAUUAAAAAGCGCUUUUGGAAUGCACAAUUAGUUUUAAAUUACUCGCAAUAAUUGCCAACAGAGCUCGUCAAAGCAUUGUUUGUAAAACGUUCUGAUAGGUAUACAGGGAGGUAGUUCCUACUCCGGCAUUUAAUAUACACCAAUACUGAUAGUUCGUUCAUUGUCAUCGUCAUAAAGAGAUCUCUCUGCUCUUAGAUUUGUUUCUUUGGGGCCAAAUAGUUGUAAUAUCCAUGACAAGUCAUUGCGUUUAUACUAUAAUACUAUUCUAACUUUAUAUAAGUUUACGUUUGUUUGGGUAAAGGAAAAUGAACUCUACGAGAUUUAUUUUAAGAGUGAUUUUAAUGUAAUUGGUUUGUAUAAAUUAAGUAGAUAUCCUAGAUGAUUAGUUAGUUACAAAUUGAGUUAGAAAAGAGCCAAAUAAGUCCUUUUAUCUCAGAAUACUUGGUGAAGUAUUUGUUUCUUUACAUUGCUUUAGUUGUUUACGUACCGACUAUGUUUGCUUAUGUGCCCGCAAGUCAAUCGGUCUCAAUGUGUAUGCACAAUUUAUCUAAUUAACUACACUUGGUUGACGAUUAUAAUAAAAUCCAUUAAAGACACGUAGUGUGUCGUUGUACGUAUGUAUAUUUACGGAGAUUUUAAACGAACAAUACAUGUAGUUUAGUAGCUAGCGUUAGUCCAUAGCACUGUAUGAGCUCUGCACAUCGGACGCGAUGCGACGCGACUGUGUCUGUGUCCACAGAUUCUUUUAUUAUUUGUUGCGUAAAACACGUCGCACACACGACAUCGCGUUCAAUGUGCAGACUCCUCAAAUAAGUAAAUGAUUAAAAAAUGAAAUUAUAAAUUUUACAAAUUCUAUUUAUUUUAUGCCAAUAUAAUUUCUUGCGAGAAAUGUAUUGUUUUAUGAAAACGGAUUUGAUGUGUAUUUUUAAUAAAAAAACGUGUGAUUUCGAACAUUCCAUGUGGAAAGUGUAAUAAGAAGUACAAAAAAUAUCAAUAUUUUUGUAGCAAAACGAUAUAAUCUUAUGGAAUUGGUAAAGUUACAGUAUUACAAGGAAAUUAGUAUUAAACGCGAUGAAUAGACAGUAAUAAUGUCGUCAAUUUUGUAAAACGAUAAGUAAAUGAUUUGUCAUUUAAAAACUGUUUACUCCUUUUUAUCAUUUUACAUUUGGUAUUUCUAUAUUUGGAAAUGGUCAUAUUUAAGUGGUUACUGCUCGGGUGCGACAGCGAGCCGGUGUACAAACUGUACAAAGCGUGUACAACAAAUGAUAAAGGAGCAGUGAUUCUGAAAUAUGAAUAAAUAUUUUUUAAUAAAAACUGAAUUUAAUUAA